AUGACAAAUAAUCGAACAGAUCAUUUAAAAAGAGGUUCUGAUGUUACUCCACUUGAAGCAUUAACUGCUGGAUCAAUAGCAGGAGCAGUUUCUAGAGCAGUAACAGCACCAUUAGAUACUAUAAAGAUACGACUUCAAUUAGAAUCAAGUGGAUUUAAAGAAAGAAAAACAGUACCAACGAUAAUUAAAAAUUUAUUAAGACAUGAAGGUGUAAUUGCAUUUUGGAAAGGAAAUGUACCUGCGGAAAUACUAUAUAUUCUAUAUGGAGGAUCACAAUUUGCAUCGUAUUCAAUUUUGAAUAAACAACUACUGAUAUUGGAACAAUUAUAUAAAAUAAAAUUAUCUGAAUCAACUCAUUCUUUAAUUGCAGGAAUAGGUUCAGGAAUUACAAGUACUUUAGUAACAUAUCCAUUUGAUUUAUUAAGAACAAGAUUGGUUGCGAAUAGAACUAGAAAUCUACUAUCUAUGUCAAGUAUAGUUAAAAGUAUAAUCCAAACGGAAGGUAUAAGAGGAAUAUUUGCUGGAAUAAGACCAGCUAUGCUUUCGGUUUCAACUACUUCUGGAUUAAUGUUUUGGUCAUAUGAAUUAGCUCGUGAUUUCUCGAGUAAUUUUAAACAUGUACCAUUUAUUGAAGGUAUAUGUGGAUUUAUUGCUGGAGCAUUUUCAAAAGGUGUAACUUUUCCAUUAGAUACAUUGAGAAAAAGAUGUCAAAUGUGUUCAGUGGUUCAUGGUCAUCCCUUUAGUGCUCUGCAUUUAUUUAUUUCUAUCCUUAGAAGAGAAGGUGUGCUUGGAUUGUAUAGAGGAUUUGGAGUUAGUAUCAUAAAGACGGCACCUACUAGUGCAAUUUCAUUAUUCAUGUACGAAUACUCAUUGUCAUUUAUUAGGAAAAUAGAAUUAUAA